ACCUUCAGUCCACGCAGAGCGCAGUUGACAUACAGUUUCAGUAAGGUCUCCGUGAACAGUGCAACUUGUCUUAGCUAUUCGAAGAAUAUCUCAGUGCUUUUUUUCGCUUUCUUGACGGUUUCGUAGUAUCAGUUAGCUCGCUCCACGGUACGUUAUGUCGUCGCAGGCUGCUGAUGAACCAGAAGUAAACGGGAUUAUGUGCUACUUCCCUUGGCUUCCAUACUAUCGUAGGUAUCAGAUUGGGUUUGAUAUAAUUGUUAACGCCCCCAAUGCACAACAGGAUUCUUCCUUGGCGGGUGAAUCUCAGCGCUUGAUACACGUUGGACUGUGCUUUCCAGAUGGUUUUAUCUGUGAGCCUGCACACUUCGGUGGAGUGCCAAAUCCCUCUUCAUUCAGAGCUGAUGCGCCAUACUUCUACCCUCCACACCCUCAUUUCCAUCCACCGAUGUACCCAGUUUAUCCACAUGCAACGCCACCCUUUCAUCAUCAUGUAUCAAUGGACUCUCAUGGACCUAUGAUGUGGCAAGAACAACGUGAUUCUCGUGUGACUGUUUAUGUCGUAAAUGGUGAGCCAGGGGAAUUUAUGACAAUUGACGAUGCACCGUGCGAAGUCAUAAAACAGUGUGAGAUGUGUAGAGAGUUUCACAGGAAGCCAGAACAUAUUCAAAAGAAGAAAUCUGAACGUGUUCGUAAACGCAGACCUUCAAAGCAGCUGCACAAAGAGUCAAGACAUCCAUGUCAGCUUCCAUCAACCUCAGGAACCACAGGCCACAGGGAUACAUGGUAUGCUGCACCAUUCACAGCCAGCGAAACUGUCGCCACAGACACAACAAAACAUCUGCAAAAUCAAGAUGAGCGUAAAUUGUCUCAGCAAAUGGGAGAGGAACAUCAGCAUGGGCCACAUGAUGGCGUGCAAGGAAUACAAGACGAAAGUGAUACUGAUAGUGUCACAUCAGUUUCCAGCCAGUCUACUGCUUCCACUAUCACUGAAGAAAAGGAUUGUUUGGGUUUGGAUGGUCAGAAUAAUGAUUUAAGUGUGCUUCAGGCCUUUGAAAAUCUCAGCACAGAUCCUGAUGUCAAUAAUGACAACUAAAUAGGUGACUAGGUGAAUCCUGUCACACAUCCUGAAUUCAAGUCUAUGUAUUAAUUAGAACAUGUGUUACAAGGUCAGAGGAUUCUAUAUUGUAGUUACAAAGGACAUAAAUAUGCAGUAAUUAUAGGUUUUUGCUUUAGAAAAAUGUUAAUAUUGGAUACAAUGUAUAAGAAAUGUAGUUUGUCAAGGCAAUCAUAAGAUGCUUGGUCAUUAAUUCCAAAAGAGAUGGAGUGCACAACAUUGAUGUGGCCACUGUGUACUUUUGGUGACAGAGACCAUGACAACAGCAGCUGUGUGAUUAACAUGCCACAUUAUUAAAUAAAGUUCAAGACGUAUAUAUGUAUGAAGACAGAUAUUGUGGUCAUUAUAAAACAUGACAAAUUAUUGCCAGAUACUAAUUUUGAUAUGUGUUCUGUAUGUGACAGAUAGUAUUAAAAUUCUGGUAGAUCUUUCUAACUAUAUUUAAAAAAAUAUGUCACCUUCCUGGCAACAGCCAUAGUUAUGGUUACCUACAAAAUGUAGUAAAAAUAGCUCUCAUUCUAUAUGAAUAAUUGCAUUACAAAUUAUUACUUAUAAACAUAUUAUUCCCGUAUAUUUUUAAUGAAUCAUAUUUGUAUAUGGUCUGUCCUAUACAUCAACACAACAAUGCGCUGCUUCCCAUAUAAUUGUAAAUGGUUAUAUUAGAUGACGUUUACAGGUUUCUGAAGUUUAUUUGCGAUUGUGAAAGGGCGUUUCCUGAUUGAUGGCACUAUAAAAUGCCUUUAAUACAUAUUGCCCAAAUAUGCCUUUAGAAAAUGUAACAUUAUUUCUCACAAUGGUGACAGCUGGGAUCUUUUUGUACACAAGCAUAUACUGUUUGUCUCAAGUUUUCAACAGCUGUAGUCUUAAAUCUUUUUAUGCGCAUAUGUACUUUAGAUUUUUAAACAUAAAAUAUUUACGCUUUUGCUAUAAAGAGUGUUUUGUACUACAGGCAUUGAUUUAAAGGUUUUCAGUAGAUGAUAGAAUGUCUCCCAAGCAGUAAAAGUGCUCGGCUAUGUGGGAGUAAUGUGCCAUGUACUACCAGUGUCAACUAUUUGUUUCUUAAUACUACUUGUGGCAUUAUACACCAAUUACUGAGUAUAAAAGAUCUGUGGUGGGAGAGAAUAAGGAGUUUACCAUGGUGAUUGGUGAUUCCUAUUGUGUACCGAUCUUUCGACAGUGGUUGUACGAAUUUUCACUGAUAUUUACACAUGAUUUAGAAAUGAGUAGUUCACAUAUUUCAGUCAAUGAAUAAAAAUGUAAGUAAAAUAAAUAUCAUGUCCAAUAGUAAACAUAUAAAACGCAACUGCUAUGUUAAUAGAAUUUUCAACAAAAUACAUAACUGUUUGAUGGAUAAGUGUAAUAUAGAAACUUGGAACUGUAACAGCAGUCAGUUUUUUUAUUGUGGAAUGUUAGAGAAUGAUAGCCAAAAUGUAAUUUGUAAGAAGAUCAGAUAUUUUUGUUGAAGCAGAAUAUUGUUACUGUGUGAUUGACAUUUGGAUGUUGGCAAUAACACUUCACUGGCGUAGCUGCAUAGUUUCUGCUCUACAGUUUGAAAUGGUUUCUUAAAAUAUCAGCUUAUUGAUGAUUAAAGGUGAUGUGUAAAAUUUUUGUGGGUAUGAAGUGAAAAAAGAAUAUCAAAGAUAUUUUUUCUACAAAGUGUGAGGAAUGAACAUUUAGCCUCUUUAUAAUGUACUGUGUCAUAUAUAAUUGUUAAUUACAUCCUAAUAUGUUGUAACGCAGCAUACUGAAAAAUUUCUGGUCUAAUGAAAAUAAAUUUGUGGAGAAUGUUUUUCAAAGAAUGUAUUAUGUACGUACUACAACUCAUAGAAUGCAUGACUAAAGGAAUUGGAUAAAAAACACCUCCAGUUGAUAAUGGUGCUUUCCAACCCUAUUGCUCCAAGUAUACUGACAAUACUUAAAAUGUAAAAUUUUUUUAUCAUCCACAUAAAUAAACUAGUGAACCUUCACACACACAAAAUGAUUAUGGAAUUUGCACAUUUAUCUUUAGAUUAUUUUUCCUAUUCAGUUUUUAUAGUAAUAUAUCAUAUGUAUAUUUCUCAGUAAUUAAAGAAUUUAUACCAUGAACCAACAAA